AUGGCGUAUCCCAAUGCCCUUUUUUCAACUUUCACCUUUAUUGGCUUCCUGAUGUGUAUGGUUACGUUUCCGUUGCAAUUAGAAGCCUGGAACAGCGGUACUUGUGUGUUCAUGGUCUGGGCUGCCCUGGGCUGCCUCAAUCAAUUCAUUAAUUCGAUUGUGUGGAACCAUAACUAUGUUAACCGGGCGCCAAUUUGGUGUGAUAUCUCUACAAAGUUUAUGAUUGGUCUGAAUGUCGCGAUGCCUGCUGCCGCCCUUUGUAUUGCUCGACGGCUGUACCACAUAUCGACACUGCAGUCCAUAACAGUGACACGAGCCGCCAAAAGGCGCCAUGUCAUCGUCGAUCUUUUAAUUGGUCUAGGACUUCCGGUUGUAGAGAUGGUCUUGCAUUACAUCGUGCAAGGUCACCGUUUUGACAUACUCGAGGACGUCGGAUGUGUUACCAGCACCUAUCUUUCAUGGCCGUCUUUCGUUAUCGUAUCUCUUCCUCCAGUAAUCAUUGGCCUGAUUUCAUCCAUCUAUGCCGUGUUGAACAUCAUCCAAUUCCGUAAACUUCGAAACCAGAUCAAUGACUUUGCCGGAUAUAAAAACCUUACCACCACCCGGUAUUUCCACUUCAUAUGCCUUUCGAGCGUUGACAUUAUUUUCACCGUCCCUUUAUCUGCUUACAAUCUUUCUAAUGAUGUCCGCCACAUUCGCCCCUGGGUUAGCUGGGCAGACACAAAGUGGGGGUUCUCCAAUGUAUACACGGUACCCUCUGUCAUCUGGCGCAGCAAUCCGACUACAUUGCGUGUGAUAGAGAUCAAUCGAUGGGUUGUUGUCCUGUGCGCCUUUGUAUUUUUUGGUUUCUUCGGAUUCACAGCCCAAUCACGGGAGGGUUAUCUCCUUUGCAUAAAGGUCAUCACGGGAAGGGCGAACGCACUUACGUCAAAGGUGAUUCGUCAGGGGAACCUGACCCCGAUCUUGUUUCAGUCGGCUCGCAAUCGUCAUAACGUCCCUGGUAUCCCUUCCAACGACACAUCGAUAUCUUUAUCGACUAGUGGACAUCAUUCUACCGGGGAGGCGAAAUACUUUGAAAGUGAUUCAAUUGCUGCUAAAGACGAAGAAAAGAAUGGAAUUACUGGACUUGGGUAA